CAGGACUCCGAGGCAGGCACCAGCAGGUAUGAGCUGGAAAGACAGGCCAGCUAAAGACCAGGCAGAUCAGAAGCUACAGUGGACCCGGGUUGGUGGGGCGGUCUCGGGAGCCCUUGGCUGCGACCCUGAAGGACAGACGGUGUGGAGGUGGGAGGAGGCCGAGGUGUUGGAGGAAGUCCCCUCCGUCUUUUGCAGACCAGCCAACCACCCCAAGCCCACUCCUGUCCGGUGGAUUCCAACCCACGGCGUCCUGAUGGGGUCACUGGGGUGGACAGCUCGGCGGGUUGUCUCACUGUGAAUGUGGUGGAAGCAGGUCACCAGGACUUUCUUCUGAGGUGCCUCUGGGUGUGAUGGUCGGCUCCCACGCGGACAUGGCGCCCGCCUCCACCACUGAGGGCGCUGGUGGCGGCGGCGGCAGCAGUGGUGAGAAGCCGGGUCCCGCCCCAGCCCCGGCGGCGCAGUACGAGUGUGGCGAGUGUGGCAAGGCCUUCCGCUGGUCAUCAAGACUUCUGCACCACCAGCGCACGCACACGGGUGAGCGACCCUACAAGUGCCCCGACUGCCCCAAGGCCUUCAAGGGCUCUUCAGCCCUGCUCUACCACCAGCGCGGCCACACAGGGGAGCGGCCCUACCAGUGCCCCGACUGCCCCAAGGCCUUCAAGCGCUCCUCGCUGCUGCAGAUCCACCGCAGCGUGCACACGGGCCUGCGCGCCUUCACCUGCGGCCAGUGCGGCCUGGCCUUCAAGUGGUCCUCCCACUACCAGUACCAUCUGCGCCAGCACACUGGCGAGCGCCCCUACUUGUGCCUGGACUGCCCCAAGGCCUUCAAGAACUCGUCCAGCCUGCGGCGCCACCGCCACGUGCACACGGGCGAGCGGCCCUACGCCUGCGGCGUGUGCGGCAAGAGCUUCACGCAGAGCACCAACCUGCGGCAGCACCAGCGCGUGCACACGGGCGAGCGCCCCUUCCGCUGCGCGCUCUGCCCCAAGACCUUCACGCACUCCUCCAACCUGCUGCUGCACCAGCGCACGCACGGGCCCGCUGCCCCUACCCCGGCCCCGGCCCCCGGGCCCCCCGCCCCUGCCGACCCCCAGCACCGCUGCGAGCCCUGCGGCAAGGUCUUCGUCUCUGACGCGUACCUACAGCAGCACCUGCAGACCCACGCCACGCCCGCGCCGCCGCCACCCGUCGUCCCCGAACUCUUCCUGGCCACCACCGAGACCACGGUGGAGCUCGUGUACCGCUGCGAUGGCUGCGAGCUGGGCUUCGGCAGCGAGGAGCUGCUGGGGCAGCACCAGCCCGCCUGCCCCGGGCCCGAGGCUGCGCCUUCGGCCACACCUCCGCUGCCCGCGCCCAUGCCUGCGCCCGCGCCCGCGCCCACGCCACCUGCCGCGCCCGGCUUUGCCUGCUUGCCCUGCGGCAAGUCCUUCCGCACCGUGGCUGGCCUCUCGCGCCAUCAGCACAGCCAUGGCGCGGCCGGUGGGCAGGCCUUCCGCUGCGGCAGCUGUGAUGCCACCUUCCCGCAGCUGGCCAGCCUCCUGGCGCACCAGCAGUGCCAUGUGGAGGAGGCGGCGGCCGGGCGCCCGCCCCCGCAGGCCGAGGCGGCAGAGGUCACCUGCCCGCAGGAGCCUCCGCCGCCCCCGCCCGCUGCGCCUGCGGCUUCUGCGGAGCGGCCUUACAAGUGCGCCGAGUGUGGCAAGGCCUUCAAGGGCUCUUCGGGGCUGCGCUAUCACCUGCGGGACCACACCGGGGAGCGGCCCUACCAGUGCGGCGAGUGCGGCAAGGCCUUCAAGCGCUCUUCGCUGCUGGCCAUCCACCAGCGGGUGCACACGGGCCUGCGCGCCUUCACCUGCGGCCAGUGCGGCCUCACCUUCAAGUGGUCCUCCCACUACCAGUACCACCUGCGGCUCCACUCAGGCGAGCGGCCCUACGCCUGCAGCGAGUGUGGCAAGGCCUUCCGCAACACGUCCUGCCUGCGGCGCCACCGCCACGUGCACACGGGCGAGCGGCCCCACAGCUGCGGCGUGUGCGGCAAGAGCUUCGCGCAGACCUCCAACCUGCGGCAGCACCAGCGCGUGCACACGGGCGAGCGCCCUUUCCGCUGCGCGCUCUGCCCCAAGACCUUCACGCAUUCCUCCAACCUGCUGCUGCACCAGCGCACGCACUCCGCCGAGCGCCCCUUUGCCUGCCCCAUCUGCGGCCGUGGCUUUGUCAUGGCCGCCUACCUGCAGCGCCACUUGCGGACGCAUGCCCCAGCCAACCCGGGCCCCAGCCCAGCCGGGCCCCCGACCCCUGUCCCGCUGGCCGCAGUCCCGACCCCGCCCGCCACGCAAGAUGUGCACGUCCUUCCCCAUCAGGGGUGGGGGGAGUAUGGGGCAGAGCGCCUCCCCGCGGCCCCUGCCCCCCAGAUGGUCCAAGUGCUCCCUGCAGCUGUGGGGCCCGCAGCCCAGCCAGGCCUGCCCGCCAUUCAGAUCCUGCAGACCCUGCCUGCGGUCCAGCUGGUGCACACGUUCUGA